CGGCGGCGGGGUCGGGGCGGUGCUCGGCGGGCCGGGGCUCAGCGCUCAGCGGCGCCGGGACGGGCGGCUGCCCCGGGGGCUCGCAGGAUGCCGGCGGCUUCGCGGCGGCGCGGAGCGCGGGUGCUGUGGGCGCUGCUGUGGGUGGCCCUGGCGCGCUGUUACAACGUGGACGUGGGUCGCCCCGUGGUUUUCCAGGGCCCCAACGGCUCCUUCUUCGGGUACUCGGUGCUGCAGCACUACCACGACAGCACGCGGUGGGUCUUGGUUGGUGCUCCCAGGGCAGAAUCUAAAUACAGCGCCUCUGUUCAGUCCCCAGGAGCAGUGUUUAAAUGUCGAGUCCAUACCAAUCCUGACAGAAGAUGCACAGAACUGGAUAUGGGUCGAGGCAAUUCUCGGGGCACACUCUGUGGAAAGACCUGCAGAGAAGACAGAGAUGAUGAAUGGAUGGGCGUGAGCCUGGCUAGACAGCCAAAGGCUGGUGGAAGUGUGCUGGCAUGUGCGCACCGCUGGAAAAACAUCUACUACGAGACAGAGUACAUCCUGCCCCAUGGCUUCUGCAACAUCAUUCCCCCCAACCUGCAGCCCAAUGGGAGGAAGCUCUUGCCCUGCUACGAAGAGUACAAGAAGAAGUACGGAGAGGAGCAUGGCUCGUGCCAGGCAGGGAUCGCGGGCUUCUUUACUGAGGAGUUGGUCAUCAUGGGGGCACCAGGAUCUUAUUAUUGGACAGGAACUGUCAAAGUACUGAAUCUCACUGACAACACAUAUUACAAGCUGAACGAUGAUGCUGUGAUAGCCAGGCGGUACACAUACCUUGGAUAUGCAGUGACAGCAGGUCAUUUCUCUCAGCCGACUACCACGGAUGUUGUAGGAGGAGCUCCCCAGGAUGGAGGCAUCGGAAAGGUUUAUAUUUUCAGAACAGACAGACGAUCAGGCUCUCUAGUAAAGAUUUUCCAGGCUUCAGGAAAAAAGAUGGGCUCUUACUUUGGCUCCUCCUUAUGUGCAGUUGAUCUGAACUCUGACGGGUUGUCAGACCUGCUGGUCGGAGCACCUAUGUUUUCUGAGAUCAGAGAUGAGGGUCAAGUCACAGUCUAUAUCAACAGAGGAAACGGAGUGCUGGAAGAGCAGCUUGUCCUGGAUGGUGACAGCACAUACAACGCACACUUUGGGGAGAGCAUGGCCGCCCUCGGUGACAUCGAUGAUGAUGGCUUCUCAGAUGUUGCCAUUGGAGCGCCUAAGGAGGAUAACUACAUAGGAGCAGUGUACAUUUACCAUGGGGAUGCCAAUGGUAUUGUACCUCAGUACUCUAUGAAGCUGUCUGGGCAAACAAUAAACCCGAUGCUGCAGAUGUUCGGCCAAUCCAUAUCAGGCGGAGUCGAUAUGGAUGGCAAUGGUUAUCCAGAUAUGACUGUUGGAGCCUUCUUGUCAGACAAUGUGGUACUUCUGAGAUCCAGGCCUGUCAUUACCAUGGACAUCUCCAUUUUCCUGCCUGCAUCCAUCAAUAUCACAGCUCCUCAGUGCCAUGAUGGCUUGCAGCCAGUGAACUGCCUCAAUGUCACAGCAUGCUUUCGCUUCAGUGGCAAGCGCGUUCCUGGAGAAAUAGGUUUGAAUUAUAACUUGACUGCUGAUGUGGCAAAGAAGGAAAAGAGCCAGCAACCCAGAGUUUACUUUGUGACUUCUGGAGAGACAGUGGGGCAGAUCACAGAGAAGUUACAACUAUCGUACAUGCAGGAAAAGUGCGAGCAUUACCUAGCGUAUGUCAAGAAAAGAGUCAAAGAUGUCAUAUCUCCAAUUGUAUUUGAAGCUGCAUACAGCCUUGGGGAACAUGUGAUAGAAAGAGGAAAAGAGGGCAAGGAACUACCUGCUCUCAAGCCCAUUCUCCGCUGGAAGAAAGGACAAAAGAUAGCACAAAGGAAUCAGACUGUUUUUGAAAGGAACUGUCAAUCUGAUGACUGUGCUGCCGAUUUGAGACUUCAGGGUAAAUUAUUGCUGUCUAGUGUUGAUGACAGAACUGCCUACCUGGCCCUGGGAGCGGUGAGGAACAUCUCACUUAACAUUUCCAUCUCUAACAUUGGGGAUGACGCCUAUGACACCAAUGUUUUCUUCAAUUUUUCUGGGGAGCUCUUCUUCAUCAAAAUGUGGCAAAAGGAGGAGCUGGGCAUUGCCUGUGAGUUGCUGGAGUCAGACUUCCUCAAGUGCAGCGUGGGAUUUCCUUUCAUGAGGUCGAAAUCUAGGUAUGAGUUCAGUGUGAUCUUUGACACAAGCCACUUGUCUGGGCAAGAAGAAACGCUUACCUUCCUUGUCACUGCCCAAAGUGGAAACCUAGAACGCACUGAAUCUCUGCAUGAUAAUACUCUAACCCUCUCGGUACCCCUGAUGCAUGAAGUGGACUCAUCUAUCAAUGGAGAAGUCUUCCCUACUUCAUUUUUCUACGGUGAUUCUGUGGAAGCAUCCAACUUUGUUCAGUUGGAAAACCACGAAUGCCUUUUCCAGUCUCUCAACUUCACGCUGCAGGUUUACAAUGCUGGACCAAGCAGUCUCCCUGGAGCUUUUGUUGACAUUUCAUUUCCAAACCGCCUCUCUGCCACUGGAGCCGAAAUAUUUCACCUUCAGCAAAUGAUGGUUGGUCAGGACAAAGGAAGCUGUUCUUUUCACAGAAACCCCAGCCCAUGCGUUGUUCCUCAAGAGAAUGAAAAUAUUUUCCACACAAUAUUUGCUUUUUUCACGAAGUCUGGCAGAAAAGUAUUGGACUGUGAAAGACCAGGCAGGUCCUGCUUAAUCAUACGCUGCAACUUAAGCUCACUAGCCAAAGCAGAGUCCUGUGAUAUAAGUAUCUACACGCUGCUGAAUACUGAGAUACUGAAGAAGGACAGUUCAUCGGUCAUCCAGUUCGUCACAAGGGCGAGGGUACGGGUGGACCCUGACCUCAGAGUUGUGGAGGUGCCCAAUGGGAGCCCAGAAGAAAAACCAGUGGUCUUUGAGGCUUUGCACAAUCUGGAGCCUCGCGGGUAUGUUGUCGGAUGGAUCAUUGCCAUCAGUUUGCUGGUGGGAAUUCUCAUCUUCCUGUUGCUGGCUGUGCUCUUAUGGAAGAUGGGCUUCUUCCGCCGGAGGUACAAAGAAAUUAUUGAGGCUGAAAAGAGCAGAAAGGAGAAUGAAGAUAGUUGGGACUGGGUCCAGAAAAAUCAGUGAACUGCCCAUGAAAACUAAAGCCCAGUCAUGUGACACGUGCUUGCUAGCCUAUAGGUCCUGCUCUCGUAUCUUCCAUAUGUGGAAGAAGGAAUCUUCUCCAGAUUUUUCGGAGACCCCAUUGAUGCUGUGUCUUUAUCACUCCAACAAGCUAGGGAACAUAUCCUGAGGCAACCACUGCAGCCAUGUCAGGUGACUGGAGCAAUUUACACUUCAUUUAAGAGCUGAACUUUGAACUUUGGUAACCAAGCUGCAGUGCAGAGCAAUAUUUAUGAAUCCAACUAUGUGGUAUACCCUCAGGGGAAGACUGUUACCUAAAAAUAUUUUUUAUAAAUAUAAGCUUUUUAUAUUGAUCAUGUCUUUAUAUUUGUAUCAAUGUUUUAUAAUUUCUAUUGAAUAGCUAUAUAGUUCACUCAAGCACUGAUACCUGGCUAAAUCCUUGGAAAUACAUAUAUGUAUAUAUAAAUCCUAUUGUACUUUUAAACUUCAAUGCAAGAGAGAAGAGAGACAUUUGCAGAUUAAAGUAGCUGAAAUCCUCAUAUGCUUAAUUCACAAGGCUUGGUAAUGUUGUAUAUAGACCAUUUAAUGGCAAUAAGCCAGUCUUUUAAUUAUCUCUUUUUUUGAGUUGAAUUUGGUGUUUGAUUUAUAAACUAAUGAACCUAAAAUAUUACACAGAUGUGAUAUUCUGUAUCUGAGUCUAUCCUUUACUGGCCUGAAUGGGAGAGGAUGAAAACACUUCCUCGGUGAUGUGUAGCAAGACUUGUAGCUUGCUUUGGCUCACUGAAGAAAGCAUCACAGAAUGUUUUCCUUUGGGAAUUUUUCUCCUGCAGUCUCUAGUAGUUUGAUAAUGGUCUAGGACUGUACAAUUGAGAUACCAGAAGGAUAUCAUUGGGCCAACCACUAUGGCAUUGACAAAUUCCUUGGAAUUAAAAAAAAAAAGAAAUGGAGCCAUAUUAAUGUUAAGAAGGAUAGUUUUUAAGCUACUGUUAAUUAUUGUGAUCUGUUGCUAUCAAAGCAAGUGAUAAAUUGCUACAAGCUAUGAGCAGUAUGCCUGCCUUGUGAGUUUUAUACACAAGUCAUGAGUUUGUUUAUAUGAUAACUUAAAGAGAGAUAAGUAGAUACAAGGGUUAAAAUGUUUGCAUCCUGAGAUUCCAUAUCCGUGUGUUCCAAGUACUGAAUGUCAUCCUUCCUCAAGCAUCAAGAAGGAAGUUUAGUCAAGGUGCAGAUGUUACUGGAUCUCAGAUUGCCACUUUGUUCCCUGGUAAUUCCUUAGCAAAUCACUUGUUGAAUUAGAAGAAAGUUAGUUGUAAUAAAUUCAACCAUGUUUCUUCAAAAAGCUCUUGGAUUUCUGAAUAGAAAUAGUGGAACUCUGUAAGACUUGGCUUUAGAUUCUACUUGUACUUUGCACCUUGUGUAAAUAAGAAGUAAAUGUCACAUUGGUAUAAAAUCCAUGUAAGGGAAAGAAGGGUCGAGCUCUGUGGUAGAAGGUGAAGGAGAAACAGGAAUGAAUGGCUGCAAGAUGUCUCCUUCCAUAAGGGUAAGGUAAAAGAACUGCUGGAAUUUUGGAAAUCUGCUUGAGAACAGGUCUUAUUCUUGCUCUUGCUUGCCAAAUUCGUUAUAGCUUCAAACUUUAAAAAAUUUACCACAUCCAUAUUCCUGUUUGCUUUUUUCCCCCACUGGCAUUAAGUGCCUGCUGUUACUACAGUAUUGAUCAAUAUUUAUUAACUUAACUAUCUGCACCCAUUAGGCAGAAGAUGGUUUUUAAGUGAAUGAAGUGUGUUGAUUCAACAUUUGACAAGAAAAGCUAUUAGUCUAUUCAGUUAUCUUUCUUAAAAGAAUCAUUGGUGAUUUGACAGGUUUUGAAUAACAAAUGAUCAUUUAAGCCAGAAUCCGAAGAAAACUGCUGAGGCAAAAUCCUGUUAUAACCACAUGUAGUGGACUGCAGAUUUUUCAUCAGAGUGCAAAACCAAAAGGCUGAUGGCCUUUGACUGCACUGUUAUAUUAGAGGCUAUUGAAUUCCUCACAGUAUAUUUCUGACAUCAGUUAGUUUUGCUAGUAUUUAAACCUAAAGUAUCUAUUUUUUCUGUUGUUGAAAAAUACCCAAGACUGACAGAUAGAAGUUGGACAUGAGGUUGAUUCACAACUAUGAAUUGAAUAAGAAAUUGCUUAGAAUACUUGCUGAAAAAAAAGAAUUCAGUUUAUUUAGCUGUAAGAAUUUUCAGUAUCUGUCCUCUCUAAAACUGAGCCCCUCCAAAAUUAUUAAAAAAUGGUGAAAAAAUAAUUCAGGGGACAAAUGAAACUAUUUGUGAAUUUAACUGAAUUUGAAAGUUUCCAUCCAAAAAAGGAGGAAAUUCCAUUUGAAAAGUUGAAAUGCCUCAUUUCCACUUUUUAAAUAAAAAUUUACUUUCAGAUCUGCCAAAAAUGCUUCAUUACAAUAUUUUAAAAAUCAACAUUAGUUAUUCCUCUGAAACAUCUUUUUAAAGUAUAUGAAGAAAAGAGUUUUUUUAAACUGACUUUUUUUAAAGUAAAAUACCCAUUAAUCAUUUCAUAUUGUGUUGGACAAUUUUUUUUUUUUUUUGGUCUCAAGGCAAAAAUGUUUUUCUUUUUUUGGUUAAAGUAAAAAAAAAAAAAGUAAACCCCAUUUGAGUGAGCCCACACUGGACUUUUUUGAUACCUGCCUUGAAUUGUCUACUAUUGAUCCAGCACAAGUCAUCACUCAGUGAAAAUCUAGUUGUUGGCCAGAUUAGUGACAUGUUCUUGAAAUAAUCCAUUAAUUCUUAGUAUCAUCACUGUUAGGUACUCAGUAGUUCUGUUGUCACAGGUGCUUUUGUUUUUAUAUGUAUAACUCUUCAUAAUUUUUGUCUUUUUUUUUUUUUUUUUGGUCAAAUUCCAUUGUGGCUCUUGCUUGUUUCCAGUUAAGAUAGUCAGACUUGACAAUGAAACAUACCAACACUUAGUAUUAAAAUCCUGUAGAUGCACCUUUCCUCUCCUUAAAAAGCAACCAAACAAGCCAAACAAAAAAACCCACUAAUAUCAGUUGGUUGCAAUCAGUUUCUAACCCAAAAAUCUUAUGAAACCGUAAUAUACUUCAAGAAUGUGUAGAACAUAGCUGUGCUAUAGAUCUGCUGGGUUUUUUUAAACUAAGAAAUUGUAACAAAUGUAAUUGUGUCAAAAUCUAGAGACAUGGUUACAUUGGAAAUUGCUUCUAGGGCUCUGGAAGUUCCCAUCUGUCAGCUGCAUGUUAGUUCCUUUGUGCUGUACCGCUUGCGCAGCAGAGCUGGGGGAAGUCAUUGUACCAGUUCUCUCCAGUUAAUCCAUUUUGGGACAAAGUCAUCAAUUGUCUUGGCUGAAUUGGCGUUGUAUUUUUUUUAUGCAGCGGGCUCACUUUGCACUGGCUUUAAGCUAUGCAAGGGGAAGCUUAGAAGUGGGGCAGUAGCAUUUUUAAAUGCAUUAUCUGGCACCUGAGAGAUCUUUUGUUUAAGCCCUGAAGCUUGCAAUGUGCAGGGUGUCUUCUUACAGAUAGUACCCUUGAAGUUGCUUUUAGGGUAGGAAGAAAACAAUCUCAGAAAAAUAUGAUCAGGAAGAAAGGGGGGAAAUAAUUAAGGAAAAAAUCACUUAAUGCAGAGCCUAUGCUGUUGCAACCCCAUUUAAUUUCCAGCUUGACAUCAAGAAGAUCACAGUCAUUUCAGAGUUUUGGUGGCCCACAGCACAGGGGUGAAUUUCACUUCUCAAGAGCUGGAAGUAUUUGCCACUAUUCACAGCGUGUUUUGUGACCAUUUCAUUUGAAAACCAAAGGUCUGCUCUUGGAGGUGAAUUUCCAUCAGUUCACCCCAAGCAACAGCAGGGCUGGUGUACUCUGAGGCUGUCACUGGUAUGCUCUAGUAUUUGGCCAUUGUAGCUAACAAAAAUACUAGCUAUGUUCUUCUGAAUAAACCUAGGUUUUAAUUUGCCCAAUUACAAUGAGGAAAUCAGCAAACUGUAGAAAACACUGGAGCAGCCUCUGAAUUGAAGUCACCUCACAAAUCACUUGGGUUAUGUGAGAGAGAAAUUGUGCUUGAUGUGAACCCCAACCCUGUAAACCACUUAAGCAAUCCUUUCAUCUCAAAGUGGCAAAGGCUUUUGCAAUGCCGAGCAUACCAGUGAGGACAACCCUCUCUGCCUCAAUACAUGAAUGGGAAGGACCCUACGUACAAGUCAGUGAUGUGCAGGUGACUCAGCUUGCUGAAAGCAACAGUUGCGCAAAGAUGGGUUUUGGCAAUAUUUAGUAUCAACGUUCUUGAAUGUCUUCUGUUCAUAGACACAUUUUGGACUCUUGCACAAGUGUCAAGUGUAGUAUCCAUGUGGUGUGGGAACAUACAGUAUUGCUUUCACUAGAGGAUAAAGGGAGUCAUGGAACUAAUUUCUACCUUUGUCCAAGCUCAUCCACUUGCUAGGGUUUCUUGGCUAUAAAUGAAAGUAGGAUUUGGUUCAUUUAGUGUACAUUGAUUAAACUGGCAUGAAGACUAUAGUUGCUUUUGGAGCAUGGUUUGCAUACCAGUAGGAUACCUGCACCAUUGUCACUCCUUUUUCUUAGAAUGUCACUCCUUAUGUAUUGUAAAAUUGAAUGUUUCUUUUUGUGAACUUGUGGUCGGAAGAAUGCGUUCACUCUUAUCGAUGUCACCUGUAUUUAGAAGCUCGUGUUCACCUGUAUUCUAAUUCACUUGCACUGUUUUGGAAAUGUCAGGUUUACAGAAAUACAACUUUUUGGAAUAAAGAGUGGCUGCAAAUUUAUCCUA